GAAGCUUUUUCUCAGAUGGUUAAUCUUAGAUUGCUCAAAGUCCACAACAUGCGCCUUCCUGAAGGCCUCAACCGUCUCCCUAAUUCCUUGAGAUUUCUUGAAUGGAGAGGUUAUCCUCUACAAUAUCUCCCAUCAGGAUUCGACCCGGAUGAGCUUGUUGAACUGAUCAUGUGUCAUAGUAGAAUUGAACAGCUCUGGAACGGAAAAAAGAAUUUUGACAAGUUGAAAAUCAUUAAAGUUAGUCAUUCCAAAAGUUUGACUAGAACCCCUGAUUUUGAAGGGAUUCAGAAUCUUGAGAGAUUAGACUUUGAAGGAUGCGAAAGUUUAGAUGAGAUUCACUCUUCCAUAGGAACUCUCAAAAAGCUUACUUUCUUGACUCUUAAAUAUUGCAAAAGUCUCAAGCUUCUUCCGGAUGAGAUUGAGAUGGAGCACCUAGAAGUUCUUGUUCUUUCUGGCUGCUCAAGCGUUAAAAAGAUUCCAAAUUUUGUGGAACCUAUGGAGCAUUUACGGAAGCUUUCUUUAGAUGGGACUGGAAGUUUUAAGGAAAAAGACUUGCGUGAAGGGGAUUACGACAUGGCUGGUAAUGGUGCGGCCUGUGCAGAGAGGGCAACAAGUGAUAUGUUGAUUGGCCCAGACUGGGAAUUAUGUGAUAUUAUCAAUAUUGACCCUGGGCAAGCAAAAGAGGCCUUGAAGACGAAGCGCCUGGGCAGCAAAAAUCCAAAAAUACAACUCCUGGCUCUUUUUGCAUUGGAGACUGUGAGCAAGAACUGUGGUGAGAAUGUUUUUCAGCAGAUCGUUGAGCGUGAUAUCUUGCAUGAAAUGGUCAAAAUAGUAAAGAAGAAGCCAGACUUGAAUGUUAGGGAAAAGACUAUUUUGAUAGAUACAUGGCAAGAAGCUUUUGGGGGACCAAGGGGAAGAUUUCCCCAGUAUUAUGCAGCAUAUAAUGAAUUGAGGUCUGCAGGAGUUGAAUUUCCACCAAGAGAAGAGAACAGUGUACCAAUAUUUACUCCGCCCCAGACCCAGCCAGUAGUUUCUCCUGUUACAUCAUAUGAUGAUGCUGCCAUUCAGGCUUCUCUCCAGUCGGAUGCAUCGGGCCUUAGCUUGCCAGAGAUUCAGUAUGCUCGUGGAAUUGCAGAUGUGUUGAUGGAAAUGCUUAAUGCCUUGGAUGCUAAGAAUCCUGAGGGUUUGAAGGAAGAAGUGAUUGUUGACCUUGUUGAUCAGUGCCGUUCAUACCAAAAGCGUGUCAGGCUUCUUGUGAAUGAGACUGCAGAUGAGGAGCUUCUAUGUCAGGGAUUGGCACUGAACGAUGAUCUGCAGCGUGUAAUUUCUCGGCAUGACGAUAUUGUGAAAGGAACUACAACUACAGUAAGAGGAGCAGAAUCUUCAGUUGUGCCACUUGUGAAUGUGAACCAUGAGGAUGAUGUGUCUGAGGAUGAAUUUUCCCAACUAGCGCACAGGUCAUCAAGAGAUAAUUCACAAGGACAGGGCCAGAGAUCAGCCAAUGCCAAGGCUGAACCUGUGCAAGUCAGCCCACUUCUUCCUCUUCCACCGUCUUCGCAAAGGCCAAUCACUCUAGGUCCUGGUGUGAUUGAUUAUCUCAGUGGAGAAGCCUACAAAUCUGAAGGAUCCUCUGCAACAUCAGAAUCCACAUCUUUUGCCGCUCCAGUUCAUUCCAGCUCCACCUCACGAUUGACUCCACUAUCACCUUCACACCCUUCUUCCCAAAACACAACUCCAUCACCUAUAUUCACUGGAAAGCCUGUAUAUGAUGAACCGGCUCCUAGAAGCAAAUCUAUAGAUGGGCUACCUCCUGCUCCUUGGGAUACUCAGUCUCUGGGGAAUCCUCAGUCUCCUGGCAAUGGUCAAUCUCCUGUCAGCCUUCCACCUCCGCCUUCCAGGUAUAACCAGAGACAACAGUUUUUUGAGAAACAAGGCGUUCCAGGCAGUGGAUCUGGUUCAUCUUAUGACAACUUAGUGGGACAGACUCAGAAUCUCUCCCUUAAUUCGUCUACCCCAACAAAACAAGUAAAACAGGAAGAUGCUCUUUUCAAGGAUCUAGUUGAUUUUGCAAAAGCCAAGUCAUCUUCUUCAAAUCCGAAUAGGUCAUUUUGAGUUGUGCCCCAUCAGCGUAUCGGUCAGUCCGGCUCUGGACCUUGUUCCUCACUUACACAUGAGAUCAUGAGAUUACAUGUUGCUAAAUAAAUAUUGGUAGGAACUUUUUCGGUUUUGGUUUGUGGACAG